AUGGCCGACAAGGAGAAGUACUCCGAAGACUCAGGCGGCUCGCCUACGCACACCGUCGUCGACGAUGGCGAGCCUCAUCUCCCGCCCAACGCCGAGCACGACAUUAUCGCUCUGGCGCGGACUAUGACACAGGCGUCGAAGGCAGCGGCGGACGGCGAGGUCGUCGAUAACCCGUUCGAAGGCUCCACAAACCCGCAACUUGACCCGUCCUCGGGCAAGUUCAGCCUCGAGGUGUGGCUCAAGCAGGUUCUACAUAUUGCGUCGCGCAACCCGGAGCGGUUCCCGAAGAGAACGGCCGGCGUCAGCUGGAGCAACCUCAACGCGUACGGCUAUGGCAACUCGACGGACUUUCAGAAGAGCGUUCUCAACGUGAUCACCAAUUUGCCUGGCUACAUACGCAACGUAUUCGGUCGCUCAGGCCAACGGAUCGACAUCUUGCGCAAUUUCGAAGGUGUUCUUCGCGAGAGCGAGAUGCUCAUCGUACUCGGUCGUCCCGGCGCGGGUUGCUCUACGCUGCUCAAGACGAUCUCGGGCGAGACGCACGGCUACCAUAUCCAGGAUGAAAACUCCAUUAACUACCAGGGCAUAACGUUCAAGCGCAUGCAUAAGGAGUUCCGCGGCGAGUGCAUCUACAACGCCGAAGUCGAUGUUCACUUCCCCAACCUCUCGGUCGGCGAGACGCUCACCUUCGCUGCUCUCGCUCGCACGCCGCAUACGCGUAUCCCCGGUAUCUCACGCGAGCAGUGGGCAGCCCAUAUGCGCGAUGUCAUCAUGGCCGUCUUCGGUAUUUCUCACACCUUUAACACCAAGGUCGGCAACGACUUCAUCCGUGGGGUAUCUGGAGGCGAGCGUAAGCGUGUCUCCCUCGCCGAGGUCGCGCUCGCGGGAAGCCCGCUGCAGUGCUGGGAUAACAGCACGCGUGGUCUCGAUUCGGCCAGCGCGCUUGAGUUCGUCCGCACUCUGCGCUUGCAGACGAGGUACAUGGGCUCCGCAGCAGCGGUCGCGAUCUACCAGGCGUCUCAGGACAUCUACGAUGUCUUCGACAAGGUUGUCGUCUUGUACGAGGGUCGCCAGAUCUACUUCGGUCCAUGCGCCUCCGCGAAAAACUUCUUCGUCAAGAUGGGCUUCGACUGUCCCCCGCGCCAGACCGCCGCCGACUUCCUCACGUCCCUCACCAGUCCCGCCGAGCGUAUUGUCCGUCCUGGCUUUGAGCACAAGGUCCCGCGCACGCCCGACGAGUUCGCUGCUCGCUGGCAGCACAGUGAAGAGCGUCAAGCACUCCUGCGCGACAUUGAGACGUUCAACAACGACUAUGCUACCGGUGAUGGACAGGCGUACGACGCUAUGCUCGCGAACCGUCGUCUCGCGCAGUCCAAGAGCCUUCGGCCCCAGUCCCCGUACACGAUCUCGGUACCGAUGCAGAUCAAGCUUUGCUUGACCCGCGCGUUUUCUCGUCUGCGUGGCGAUAUGUCGAUCUUCUUCACUCAGGUCUUCUUCAACGUCAUCAUGGGUCUGAUUAUCUCGUCUAUCUUCUACAACUUGCCCUCGGACACCAGCUCGUUCUACAAUCGCACUGCCUGCCUCUUCUUCGCCAUCCUCACCAAUGCUUUCCAGAGUGCUCUCGAGAUUCUGGCUUUGUACGAGCAGCGGCCCAUUGUCGAGAAGCAUACGCGUAUGGCUCUGUAUCACCCUUUCGCCGAAGCUAUAGCUUCGAUGAUAUGCGACUUGCCGGCGAAGAUCUUGACGAGUAUCGGCUUCAACUUGGUGCUGUACUUCAUGACGAACCUACGCCGUGAAGUCGGGCCUUUCUUCAUCUUCUUCCUGUUCUCGCUCACCAUCACAAUGGUCAUGAGCGUUAUCUUCAGGACCAUCGGCGCCAGCAGUCGGACGAUUGCGCAGGCCAUGACGCCCACCUCUCUCAUGCUCCUUGCGCUGGUCAUCUACACGGGCUUCGUUAUCCCCACGCCUUUGAUGCACGGCUGGGCGCGCUGGAUCAACUACAUCGAUCCUAUCGCAUACGCCUUCGAAGCAUUCGUCGUGAACGAGUUCGACGGCCGCGAGUUCCCUUGCGCAACAUUCGUCCCCUCCGGCCCGACCUACACCGACAUCGCCUCCCAGAUCUGCUCCGUCGUCGGCGGCGAACCUGGUCAAACCUCCGUCUCCGGCCGCGUCUACAUCAACCAGUCCUUCCAGUACUUCCGCAGUCACCUCUGGCGUAACUGGGGCAUCCUCGUCGGUUUCUUCUGCUUCUUCUGCACGACCUAUCUCUUCGCCACCGAGUACAUCCCCGCGGCCAAGUCGAAGGGCGAGAUUCUCGUUUUCCGGAGUGGACAUGCGCCGAAGGAGAUCGUGGCGCCGCGCAAGUCUGAUGAGGAGGCGGGCACACCGAUUGGGAAGGCCGAGUUUGAUCAGGCUGUGCAGGAGAAGGCGGACGAGGCCGUGGGCGUCAUCCAGCGCCAAACGGCCAUCUUCCACUGGGAGGAUGUGAUCUACGACAUCAAGGUCAAGGGUGGCGAGCGUCGGCUACUCGAUCACGUUGACGGUUGGGUCGAACCGGGCAAGCUCACGGCGCUUAUGGGCGCGUCAGGCGCCGGCAAGACGACGCUUCUUGAUGUUCUCGCCAGUCGUGUCACUAUGGGUGUCGUCGGCGGUCAGAUGCUCGUGGAUGGGCGCCAGCGCGACGAGUCGUUCCAACGCAAGACGGGUUACGUUCAGCAGCAAGAUCUGCAUCUUGAGACCUCGACCGUGCGCGAGGCGCUCGUCUUUAGCGCUCGUCUCCGUCAGCCGGCGUCCGUUCCUGAUGAGGAGAAGAAAGCAUAUGUUCAGGAAAUCAUCAACUUGCUUGAGAUGCAGAAAUACGCAGAUGCCGUCGUCGGUGUACCAGGCGAGGGCCUGAACGUCGAGCAGCGCAAGCGCCUCACGAUCGGUGUUGAACUCGUCGCCAAGCCCGAGCUACUCCUCUUCCUCGACGAACCUACCUCCGGUCUCGACUCACAGACGGCAUGGAGUAUCUGUACGCUCCUCCGCAAGCUCGCGAACCACGGUCAGGCCAUCUUGUGCACCAUUCAUCAACCGAGCGCACUCUUGUUCCAGAGCUUCGACCGACUUCUGUUCUUGCAGAAGGGCGGCCGCACGGUCUACUUCGGCGACAUCGGUGAGAACAGCGCCACGCUCAUUCAAUACUUCGAGCGUCAAGGCGCGCCGACCUGUCCCGCAGACGCUAACCCGGCUGAAUGGAUGUUGCAUGUCAUCGGCGCUGCGCCUGGCUCGAGCGCUGUCCGCGACUUUGCCGAGGCGUGGCGUGAGAGCGCCGAGCUUGCCGCCGUCAAGUCUCAUCUCGCCGACCUCCGGGCAAACGCGAAGGCGGUUGACAACGCGGGCAACGUCGAGGCGCACCGCGCGUUCGCCGCACCGUUCUGGAAGCAAACUCUGCACGUCACGCACCGUGUCUUCCAGCAGCUGUGGCGUACGCCGAGCUACAUCUGGGCGAAACUGCUGUUGUGCACUUUGACGGGCUUGUUCAUCGGAUUCUCGUUCUUCAAGGCUGGGCGCACUAUUCAAGACUUGCAGGACCAGAUGUUCGCAUGCUUCAUGGUUCUUGUCGUGUUCGGAUCGUUGGUCAACCAGGCUAUGCCUCACUUCUGCACUCAGCGCGACCUGUACGAGGUCCGCGAACGCCCGUCGAAGACGUACUCGUGGAAGGCCUUCAUGCUGGCCAACAUCGUCGUCGAACUUCCCUGGAACACGCUGGCCGCCGUCGGCCUUUUCUUCUGCUUCUACUACCCCAUUGGACUGUACCGCAACGCGGAGUACACGGACGCUGUUACCGAGCGCGGAGGGCUCUUCUUCCUCUUCAUCUGGCAGUUCCUGUUAUUCACGUCGACGUUCACGCAUAUGGUCAUCGCCGGUAUUCCUGACGCCAUCACGGGUGGUAACAUUGCGAACUUCUGUUUUUCGCUAUGCUUGGUCUUCAACGGUGUACUCGCCCCGCCCACCGGCGCCAACGCGUUCCCGCAUUUCUGGAUCUUCAUGUAUCGGGUCUCGCCCUUCACGUACUUAGUCGACGGUCUUCUCUCCACCGCUGUAGCGAAUGCGCCGGCUGAAUGUUCCGCGAUCGAGUACUCCGUCGUGGACCCUCCAAGCGGCCAAACUUGCGCACAGUACUUCCAGGACUACAUUGGUCUUGCCGGCGGCGUUCUCCAGAACCCAAACGCGACGAGCGAUUGCCAGUUCUGCCAGGUGACCGAGACGAACACAUUCCUGGCCAGCGUCUCCUCUUCCUACGACCACCGCUACCGCAACUUUGGCCUGCUCUGGGUCUAUAUCAUCUUCAACGCUGCAGGCGCGCUGUUCUUCUACUGGCUUGCGCGGGUGCCGAAGGGGUCGAGGGCGGCGAAGAAGGCAUAG